AUGGAUGAAGCAGCAUCCACCUUUCGCGCCCAGUGGGUCAAUCCAUCGGACUUGUUCUCAAUCCUCUUAAUUAUUGGCGGGGAUGUCAUUGGCGUCGCUCUGGCAGCCGUAUCUGGCGGCCUGGUGACUCCCGUCACCUUCUCUUUCGGAUGGGUGUCAUACGCUAUCUCCGCGCUACUCACUGCCCAAAGCGAGGACCGCCUGAUGCCUCCCGCCCCUGACUCUUCGCUCCGGGUAAUCAACAUAGGCACAGGGUAUAUGCGAUUCAAUCGAUCCUGGACUUUAGGGCGGGUGUUUCAGAACUACGAAUACUGGAUGCCAGCAGAGGUGGAAGAGCGACUGCAAAGCCACCCGGUCUUGUACCAGGACGAGGAAGCCGGGGUCGCUGACACAGAGGUGUCAGGGAAGGUGACGGCAACCACAGAAACAUAUCCCAAUUCUCGCAAAUUUGUGAGCCCCUACCAGGCGCGCCUCUGCGUCAGUGUUUACGAAUGGGCACUGGAUGGGCCUUCUCGUGUGGCAAAACCUGGUUACGACUGGGUGUAUUGGCUGGGAAUUGUCGUGACAGUGGUUCAACUAGGUGUGAGCGCAAUACCGUUUGGUCUCCACGGAGACUGGAGUAUCUUUCUGGUGACCGUGUGCGGGACCAUCCUGGCCUACGCGUCUGGCGCGCUGCCGCAGUGGCGGAAGGAAAAAUGGGCGUGCCGAACUUUAGAAAGGCGCAAGGAUGUUGCCUUGACGCUUGGUAAUGGCACGCAGCAUGUGGUCGUGGUGCUGGGGGCAAAGGGUGGGUUGGAUUUGGAAGACAUGGCUGGGGGACAAUUGAUGGACGACGGGGAAGGACGGCCACGUAAGGGCUGGUGGAUGCAAGUGCUGAGCCCCAGCAACACUACACGCAUGAUGACGUUCUUGUUAGCGGUGCUGUGGCUCAUGCUUCUCCUCACUAGCACGGGGAUCCAGGAACACGCAUGGUAUCUACUCGCAGUGGGCGGCACUGGCAUGCUGCAAAAUCUUAUCACGGCUGGGGCUCCGCGUCAACCAGCGAUGUUAGGGAUUCCGAUUCGACUGGCUAUGCGCUCGAACUCGGUGCACGAAGGAAGCCCGACACCAAUGGUCUUCGCCGAAUUUAAGGUCAUGCAUACACUGAUGGAACUCGAGUUAGAAUUUAAAGGGGCUGGUCGAGCUCUGCUCCCAGAGUAUUUUCCUGGAGGCGGGGGCCUACAGCCCUGGGAGGAAAAAUGGUGGUCCAGCAAUGAACCGGACAUUCGACGCCAGCUACUACGGGCGGCGAAAGAAAAAGAAUUUACCAAACAGAUGCGCAGGACGCAAGCUGGCUGA